UUUCAUCAUUUCUAACAUCCAGCAGGUGUCGCUGUUAAACAAACUCUUAUUUUGUAAAAUGUUAUUGUAUCCGUUUCCGGUUACGUGAUAAGCUACAGCUUGAGGAAAAACAAGGUCAGAGCAGCAGGUCACAGCCUCCAUGAUGACCAGUGUGCUGUGCAAGCGAGUCAGCCGGUGGAUCAGAUCGACUCGGAGUGUGAGGUCACUGAGGUUAUUUUCCACCGCCGGGUCUUCAGGUUCAGAUGAGCCGUUUGUAGCAGUUUCACCUCACACUCCAGUGGGACCCAGAACAGUGUGGCCCGAUGAAACCAUGGGUCCUUUUGGCCCUCAGGAUAAACGCUUCCAGUUGCCAGGUAACGUGGGUUUUGACUGUCACCUGAGGGGGACAGAUGAGGAACGAGCAACAUCGACCCAGCGCUCGACACCUGACGUCCUCACGGCGCCGUCCAACAGCGAGAGGCACGAGUUUAUACUGGCACAGUUCAUCACUGAGUACCAGACUAAAGAUGCGUCAGUAUGGAAACAGAGAGUCGCUAAAGCAGAGGAAUAUUUUACUCACUGUGAUGUGGAGUGUUCUGUACACACCUGUCCUGAACUGCUGAAACAAGAGUUAGAAUCAUUUUUUCCGGCUCUUCCUGUCACUGGCAUCACUGUGUUGACGAUAAAGCAGAAAACCAUCCGGACAGAGGAACUGAACACACAACAGCUGCUAGAUAUCUUUAUUAACGGUGCUAAACAGAUCUGUUUCCUGUUGUGGAGAGGAGGAUACUGGGCCGACUUCAUCGACCCCUGGUCAGGGAGAGCCUAUUUCGGCGCAGAGUCACACGAUCCGGUUCUCCAGACAGAUCAGCGUCGUCACUCCGGGUUCCACAUCGAGGACCUGGCGUCCUGCAGACUCACCGUUCACCUUCUGAGCGACUCGCACACCUUCGCCGGGACGCUUAUCACCAGCGCGCCGUCCGACAGCCUGCUCAUGCGGCGGCUCACAGGACACACACCGACCUGAGACACACACACACACCUUCACUACGUGACAGACGCUGAUGCCUUAUUACUUGAGAUUGACGAGUGGUUUGAUUUUUAGAUAUUAUUUAUUGACUGAUGUUUAUGACACACAGCCGCUCAGAUUAAGUUUCAAGUUUCAAGUUUAUUUGUAUAGCGCUUUUUACAAUAGACAUUGUCUCAAAGCAGCUUUACAGAACAUAAACAUAGAGCAGAAGGUAAAC